UCGAAAAGACCAAAAAUGUCCCCGGCCGCAUCAGACAGAGACACAGAGUCGAAGGCGUCGCAAACCGCGCCCUCUAAGGCCUAACUGCGACGCACCAACCCACCGAACGUGUGAAAAGAGUGGGGGAAAUUGUCGCCCGGCUAUUGGCCAUCGUGCGUCGGUGUCAAAUCGCUGACCAAUCGCGAAGCGUCGGGAUCAUUAACGCCGCAAAGUGUUGGCUUUGCGGGUUCUACGCUAUAGUUCUCCGUUGUUCGUUAUACGGUUUAGGUGCGAAGUUCCGCGCGCGGAUCUCUGCCCGUUUUCAGCCUCCUUUUGGGCUGUUUAUUCACUGUGAUUGGCUCUGAUCGGACGCGCGACGCGACUCCACGAGAUCCUCUGGAACUGUGAAUGUGACCGACCAAGUGCCACUUUUUCCCUAAUUUUACCGUGCUCUGUGACUGUGACUGUGAUAAAGCAACGUUGGCGUUCCACCGAUUCACAGUGCAGCAGCAGAUAGCAGCACCGCACCGCCGCCACCCGUUCACUUCUUAUAUGGUUGGAAAGAGGCGGUGGAGCAGCUCUACCGCUAAACGUUGGUCCCGAUGCGUUUCGAAAGUACGCUGGACGCACCCGAAGCCGUGAAAAAAAUGGCGUACCACCCGUUCCUGCAGUUGCCACGCCAAACGGACUUCAGCGUCUCCUCGUUGUUGACGGCCGCCAACAAUAGUUCGCCCUCCAACACUUCGCCCACGGGACCGGGCGCUGGCGGCUUCUUCCCGUCGCUGUUGGCUCAGCAAGCGGCCGCCGGCCCUCACGGCCUCUAUCCGGGCACUCUGAUCCCGAAAAUUCCCCAUCCGCAUCACGCGCUCCCUGGACAUCCCUACACCACCGCCGAGGACGUUCUCCUGCAGGCUGUGCACAAUCACCAUUCGGCAAUGGUGAGGCCGUUGCGUGCAAUCCAGCCGGAAGACGAUGGGGUGGUGGACGACCCCAAAGUCACCCUCGAAGGCAAAGACCUUUGGGAGAAGUUCCACAAGCUGGGCACGGAAAUGGUGAUCACCAAGAGUGGAAGGCAAAUGUUCCCCCAAAUGAAAUUCCGAGUGUCCGGCCUGGACCUCAAGGCCAAAUACAUCCUGCUGCUGGACAUUGUAGCCGCCGACGAUUAUCGCUACAAGUUCCACAACAGCCGAUGGAUGGUGGCCGGAAAGGCGGACCCGGAAAUGCCGAAACGGAUGUACAUCCACCCCGAUUCGCCAUCUACCGGCGAGCAGUGGAUGCAGAAAGUGGUCAGUUUCCACAAGCUGAAGCUGACCAACAACAUCUCGGACAAGCACGGCUUUUUAAAAGACAAGUCCAUUGAUUUUCUGACGAUACUGAACUCGAUGCACAAGUACCAGCCAAGGUUUCACCUAGUCAGGGCGAACGACAUCCUCAAGCUGCCCUACUCGACGUUUCGGACGUACGUCUUCAAGGAGACCGAGUUCAUCGCAGUCACCGCCUAUCAGAACGAGAAGCCAGCUCCAGCGGCGAGUACCCGUCGCCCAACAUCAGCGUGGGCCCGCCCAUCCACCCGCCGCCCCACUUGCUGCCCUACUUCUACCCGCCGGGCAUCUACCCGGGGGCGGGCGCCCACAACCCGUUCGCGCCCUCCUUGAACCUGUUCACGGGCGGGCAUUCGCCUGCCGCCAUGAACCCCAGCCUCCUCUUCAACGCUCAGUUGGCGCUCGCCGCCCAGCAUCCAGCGCUGUUCAGCCACUACCAGAACCUGGCGCACCCCAAUCCCCACCAUCUCUCGCCCACGUCGCCCCUCCACAACCACCUGAAGGGCGGCCACCGCUUCACGCCCUACACGCUGCCCACCAGCACCUCGGGGGGCGGCAUGGGCGGCUCGCCUCUGGGCAGCGCCUUCGAGACGGUCACUCCGGGCUCGCACACGCGCAGCCUCAGCAAUUCGCCAAACAGCACCAAAGUUCGAGGUUCCUCCUUGUCGCCGCCGCUGAGGGCCCACACGGCUUCGCCCAAGCCGGAAGCCGCCAGCUCGCCCAGCGACCUCAAGAGCAUCGAGAAGAUGGUGAACGGACUGGAUGUGAAGCAUACGAGUGAGUUGAUCGGGGACAGUGGCGCCGACAAAUAAUCAGCACGGGGUUCCGUUGGUGCAUAUUGCGGGGAUCGUUUGCAAUAUUGGACGUUGGGGAAAACUUCUCCCAGUCGAUUCUUUUCUCAUUGGAGCGAUACUCUAGUUCCUAUUCGGUUAAUUUUAAUCGCAUCCUGUACCACGGGGUGUUCAGCCAAGGUGCGUCAGUGUGGGGACAUCGCGGCAUGACUAGUUGGUGUGAGUCCAGGCGAUUUGCAAUAGUCCUUCUAGCUCGGUUCGGGGUUGCAGCAGCCUCCACAUUUCCCCAUAUUGGCCCUAUUUGCACAACACAUAGGCAACGUUGGAAGCGAAUUUGAUAGAGCCGGGCUUUCGACUCUUCUAUAUAUACUGCUCAACAAAAUGAACGCCACACAGCCCGACUGGGCCCCAAAGAAGUGGACAAAAUCUGAUUGCUUUGAGCGGUUUGCUUUCUGUUUGCGCCGUUUUGAGCCCCUGGCAACUGGAAAAAAACAGCAUGCUCCUAGUCGAGCAAAAAACGGUUUUCUGGAUCUUAACAUCAAACGUUUCAACAUAAACGGAAAAGCUUGCAACAGUGUUGGAAUUUUCAAAAUCAUUUUCAGUAUCAAAAAAUCAGAUACCUGUGUGGUGUAGAAAUACAGGUAAAUUUUUUGUCCAACGAUUUUGCACUGCACACUAUUUUGAUGCAGAAUCACCCGUUAAUCGAAAAGGAAAUGCUCAAAAUCGCGCUUCAAACAGAAUCGCAAUCCGUCUAAGCAAUCAGAUUUAUUCAGUUGCAAAGUUGGUCCAAAUUUGUGAUUUUGUUGAGCAGUGUAGAAAGCGCGCCCAACAAACGAGGCAAAACGUGAGCGUCAACAACAGCUUUAAAUGUUUUUUUGCACUUUGCGUGAGCUAAUCAGUCAGAUGGUGGAGUUUAGAGAGUCUUUUUGCGGAAAAUCUGUUGGCAAUAGGAGACGCACUAGAUUUUUUUUUUAUUGUGAAAGGUCGAGUUCGGUUAGUUGAAGAGAGCACUGAAAACGCGCUGAGUGUAAAGUGAACAUUUUUCCAAAAGCUUUUUUUGGGUUUUUUUACAGUGUUCUUAAAAGUAUUUUUCAAUGAAAUGCUUAAAAACUCAUUCUUUUUGACAUUAACCAUCAUACAAACUAGUAGCUGGAUUUUUUUGUCA